GGAGGAGUGAGUGACGACGUGUCGCUGACGGCCUACAUCACCGCCGCUCUGCUGGAGCUCAACGGCAACGCAACGGACGCCGUGGUGCAGAACUGCCUGAACUGUCUCAAGGAAGCGGCGGCCGGCCAGCUGGACAACCUGUACACCACCGCCCUGCUGUCCUACACCUUCGCUCUGGCCGGAGACGUGGAGAUGAAGAGCAAACUCAUCACGUACCUGCAUCAGAAGUCCAACACCCAGGGUGGCACUCGUCAUUGGAACAGAGCCGGGGCUUCUGGGAAAGGCCUGGACUCUUUGGAGGUGGAGAUGAUGUCCUACGUGCUGCUGGCGCUGCUCUCCGGUCCGGUUCUGCCAGACUUCGGGUUGGAUUACUCCUCCGGCAUCGUCCGCUGGCUCGCCCAGCAGCAGAACCCGUACGGGGGCUUCUCUUCCACACAGGACACCGUGGUGGCCCUCCAGGCUCUGGCGAAGUACGGCGCCGCCACCUACAGUGCAGAGGGCAGCACCACGGUGACGGUGACGUCGUCGGGAGGCCUGGACAAAGAGUUCACGGUGGAUCAGAGCAACCGGCUGCUGUACCAGGAGGAGACGCUGAGCGAGGUCCCCGGAGAGUACGCCGUCCGAGCCCGGGGACAGAGCUGUGUGCUGGCUCAGAUCUCGAUGCAUUACAACGUUCCUCCUCCUCCAGACUUCUCCGCCUUCAACGUCUCUACGGACAUUAUGGCCAAAUGCAACGUCAGCCGGCCUCAGCUCAUCCUCUUUGUGCACGUCAGGUACCAGGGCAGGAGGGAGGAAACCAACAUGGUCAUCAUCAACAUCAAACUGCUGUCUGGAUACAUUCUGGAUAAAAGCUCCCUGAAGCUGCUGAAGAGCGACCGCUCGGUGAAGCGCGUGGACGUGGAGGAAGGAUUCCUCAACAUCUACUUAGACGGGCUGAAGAAGGAUGAGACAAAGAUCCACAGUGUGACACUAGAGGAAGACGUUGCCGUCAGGAACCUGAAACCAGCUGUGGUCAAAGUCUACGACUACUACCAGACCAGUGACGAGGCGCUCACUGACUACACAUCCCCCUGUGCAGAGCACGACAACGUCAACGAGCUGUGAACUCCACGAUGAAUCUCCGCCGGGACGUCUUUCCCUCGGAAGAAAGAAACUUCUUUUCUUAGACCGUUUUAUUUUUCCAGCUGUGAUUCUUUGUGGCUGAAUUCCACUUUUAAGGACAUUUUAACUUUUUCUUACUUUAGCUUCCUCGUUAGUAAAGAAGCAAUAAUCAGUCGGCAUCAUCAUGUCAGGAGCUGCUGCCUCUCAACACUGGAACCUUCACCUCAUAAAGAAGACGACAUUCUGUAACGGUUCUGCUUUCUUUUAAUAGAUUUGACAAAAUCCAUAUUAUUCAUACAGGGAACCAAUAACACAGUACGGUCCGAGUAUUGUGUGAGUGUGUGUGUGAGAAACAGGAUCUACUUUCUAGAAAUAAAAACACGUGUGUGUGUGUGUGUGUGUGUGUGUGUGUGUGUGUGUGUGUGUGUUCUGCUGUACCAGUUUAAAAACAAAGGUAGAUCGAUACAUCACUACCGUACACUUUCAAAUGUAACGACUGACAAUAAAAUUUCUAAAAUGACAAAAAUAA